GUUUCGGCCCUACAGGCCCUUUAAGAACAUCCUGAUUUUUGAUUUGGCCCAAAUGGAAAUGAGUUUGAUGCCCUGAUAUUUGGGAUAAAAACGACUGAAUCCUGGAUUAUUUUGAAUGUAAACAAGAAUAAAGAGGAAGAUAUUUGGUGGUGGAAUGAUGUCACACCGCCAGCAAAGGAAGAUUCUGUGAUGUCACUGGCGAUGCAGUCUGUGAUGUCAUCAACUGCAGAAUUGUAUGUAACACAAUUCUGCAUAUUUUUCAUUGCUUGCAAUAUCACUGACCAGUUCAGACGUUCAAAGCUCUUUCCAAUCGACCGUUCAGGUAGUUUACCAAUCGACUAUUUUACUGAUUGUAUUUAGGAGAAAAUGUCUCAUCAUACGCCGAGAUACCACAGUGGGAUGAUGGGACCCCAUGCGAGAAGGGGAGUCCAGGAAAACCCCGAAGGCAGGUUCCCUCCUGCACAGCCGAAUGCCUUACACUGGGAAAUCCAAAGACUGAACUCCCUUCUAGAAAUAGAGAGAGCCGGAAGGUUUGAAGACAACCAAAGACUGGCCCACCUGAAGGAGGAGCUGGAAGAGACGAAACUCCAGUUACAAAGGCAGACAGAUAUCAAAGAAACGCUUAUCAGCCAGGCCGAAGACGCAAAGAGGGAACUUGAGAGACUAGAGAGGUUCAGUGAUCCAGAAGUCAUUAAAGCUGUGAUCACUGCUUCCAAGGCUUACAAAGAUGUGAAAGACAUGAAGAUGAAGCCCUUGCAACAAGAAUAUGUGGAUUUAAAGGUGGCCCACCUCCUCAGCCAGGAAGCACUUAAAGCUGAAAUACAUGAUGAGAAAGUGAAAAGUCAGGCCCUCCAAGAAGAACUGGACGAACUGCAGACUUCCUACCAGGAGCUGCGCUCUAAGUACGAAGCAGACGAUGGUCUGGUGAGGCAGGAGGCCGAGACACAAACGUUUGAUGAAGAGCAGCUUAGUGAGGAACAAGAACUCCUGGAGAAUGGGAGAGCUGAGAAGGACGACAUGUUCCAAGAAAUGUCACAAAAGAUCUCAUUCCUGCAAGACAGCGAGAAACGUUUGCAGGAAGAAUUAAAUCAAAUGAAAAGUUCAUACAAUGAACUGAACUGCAAAUAUGAAAGUGACAUUUCUGGACUAAAACAAGAUGUGGAAACAUUCCAGCAGAUGAUACAACAGGAGGAAACAGCUCUUUCUAAAGAAAAGAAAGAAAAUCUGAUCCAUGAAAUUAAUUACUCUGCUCUGCUAGAACAAGUUGAAAGACUAAAUUUGCAAUUAAUUCAAGAGAGAAAAACUAACAUGGAGAAAUCAGAGGAGGACAUGGAGCUACUUGAAAAGAUGAGAGCUGAGAACACCGUCCUGCAAGAAAAAACAACCAAAGAGAUUCAAUAUCUGCAGGACAGCGAGAAACUUUUGAAGGAAGAAUUAAAUUACAUUAAAAGUUCAUACAAUGAACUGAACUGCAAAUAUGAAAGUGAAGUUAUUGGACUAAAACAAGACGUGGAAACAUUCCAGCAGAUGAUACAACAGGGGGAAACAGCUCUUUCUAGAGAAAAGAAAGACAAUCUGGUCCAUGAAAUUAAUUACUCUGCUCUGCUAGAACAAGUUGAAAGACUAAAUUUGCAAUUAAUUCAAGAGAGAAAAACUAACAUGGAGAAAUCAGAGGAGGACAUGGAGCUACUUGAAAAGAUGAGAGCUGAGAACACCGUCCUGCAAGAAAAAACAACCAAAGAGAUUCAAUUCCUGCAGGAGAAAGAAAGGAGUGCACUGGCUGAGUUAGAGAAGGUAAACGGUUUGUACCUGGAGCUAAACUGUCGGUACGAAACCGAAGUCUCUGCACUAAAACAACAAUACGAUCAGGAGAUACGUUGUAUGAAAAAUGAUUUGGAAAGAGUUAAAGAGGAUCUACUGAUCACUCUGAGAUCUGAGAACAAAGAUUUCCAACAGAAACAGAUCGCAGUUUUCCAAGAACAGGAGGAAGAUUCACAGAACCAAGUGGACCUGGUUAAAGUUUUAAAUCAAGAGGUUUGUUCAGAGGAGGAACUCCCAGGAGAAACCUUACCAGGUUGUUCCACAGAUCCGGAAUCCCCGGCAGAGAUCGAGAUCCCUGGAGAAACCAUCCAGGAGGAUUUAAACAAUCCAGAUACUAAAACCACGCAGGAUGGUAAAAAAAAGAAAUCUAAAUUUUCAUUUUGGAAAAGAAUACGAAACAUUCUGCGAUUAAAGAAGCCACAGAAAAAGCAAGAGUGAAUACGAUCAAGAACAUGUUUAAUGUUCUUGAUUUAGAUAUUUAGAGAAGGAGAAAGACGUGCAAGAGAGGAACCCAGGAAUCGAACUCUUGGAGGUUGUAGCCUCUGUGAACGGGGCGCCAUGCCACGCUCCGUCAAUAGAGAAUUUAAAAAGGCAAAGAUUUUUCCCCCAUUGGCAAACUAGAAAAUAGAUCCCUUCCCAAACCAAUUGGAAAAAACGUGGGCAGCACGGUGGUGCAGCGGUUAGCGCUGCGUCUUCACAGAGACCGUCUGUGUGGAGUUUGCAUAGUCUCCCCGUGUUUGCGUGGGUUUUCUCCGGGUGCUCCGGUUCCCCCCACAUCUCCUAAAACAUGUAGGUCAGGUCAGUUGGUCACUGUAAAUUGACCCCAGAAGAGUUUAAGGAACUCCAACCAUGUCCAGAAUUAUUGUUAAACUUGUAAAG